UGUGUGAACUUUGGGAAUCAUGGCGAGCUCAGGAGUAAGGCUGGGCCUUGUGGGAGUUUUUCUUGCUUUAAACUAUGUGUGCAGUGUACCUGCUUCUGUGCAAGAUGUGAAAAUGGCAUUUCAAGAUUCUAAGUUUCCAGUGAAGCUCAAUGUGCAGCCAUCUGCCCAGUUUAAUGUAUGCCAAGUACAGGGUUUUGAAAGGGUUCCUUGUGGACUCCCUGGCAUUCAGGCUGCUCAAUGUACUGCCAUUAACUGCUGUUUUGAUGGCAACCAGUGCUAUUAUGGGAGAAAAGUGACUGUCCAGUGUACUCUUGAUGGCCAGUUUAUCUUGGUGGUGGCAAGAGAUACAACCCUUCCCAGGAUAAGCCUGAAUUCCAUCAACUUGCUGGGAGGAAAUGCUGCACCCUGUGGUCCUGUUGACUCAAAUGUGGCCUUUGCUAUAUACCAGUUUCCUGUAUCGGCUUGUGGAACAACAAUGAGGGUCCAAGGUGGUUAUGUGGUCUAUGAAAACAAGAUGAUCUCUGGCUAUGAAGUUGGAGUUGGACCCCGAGGAGGAAUCACAAGGGACACUCACUUUGAGCUUUACUUCCAGUGUCGAUAUGCUGGUGUUAACUUUGCAGCUGUGUCGUUUGAGCCUUCUGCUGCUGCCAAUCCUAUGCCCCUUGUUGUUUCUGGACCACUCCAAGUAGCAAUAAGGCUAGGAAAUGGCCGCUGUGCCACAAAGGGAUGUAAUGAAGAAAAAGUGGCCUACAACUCGUACUACAUGGCUACUGAUUACCCUGUGACUAAGAUUCUGAGGGAACCAGUGUUUGUUGAAGUUUACAUCGUGGGAAGAAACGAUCCGAAUAUUGUGCUGGUUUUGGGAGACUGCUGGGCGACUGCUUCCCCUAACCCCUACAGUGGACCACAGUGGGACCUUCUUUUGAAUGGGUGUCCUUACAUAGAUGACCACUACUUGACCAAGCUGAUUCCAGUAAAUGGAACAUCUGGACUUGCAUACCCUACCCAUUACAGACGCUUUGUCCUGAAGAUGUUUGCCUUUGUGGAUCCAAACACUAUGACUCCAGUGCAAGAGACGGUCUUCAUCCACUGCAGUACAUCUGUAUGUCUUCCAUCUGCACAAUACUCUUGUGAACCUGUGUGUGCCAGAAGAAUCUUUUCUCCCUCACUAGGAAGAGAUGUUGCUGCAGAAGGCCGUUCGCAAUCAGGAGUAGUGUCUAGUGGACAAGUGAUCUUUACAAGUGUUUGAAAUUAUUGAAUAAAGAUGUUUGCUUGGAAAGGCUGAUUGGCUCAAUCGGAUGUGGUGGACCCUCAAAUGGGUACCGUAGGACAACACGUUUUCCAGGUCUGACUGUUGGAUCAGCUCACUGCCCUAAAACAUUUCGGACCUUGUCCGUGCAGUGCUUAAUGAUUCUGUUGCAAGGAAGAGGACAGA